CAAGUGUGCUGGACUUCCUGUCUUUGUUUAGCUCUCUAGUUAGUUCAGUCUGGACUGAGCACCUGGGUCUGCUCAUGUCUAUUUAUAGAUGGCACAUUGCUGACAUGCUUAAACCUUGAAAGCCUGGAUGGAGUUCUUUAACAGGAGAGCCAGGCCAGUUCCUGUCUUCGUUGUCUCGUGGAGACGCAGUGGCCUGUGCAGCUGUGUCAAGUCAUCACCCUGUUUAUCAUCUAACAAGAGCAUCAAUGACUUUAGACACACACACACACAUCAAGAUCACUAAUGUCUAAAAGAUUGAUGAGGUCCAUUCAGGCCCCGCGAGGGCUGGUCCAGCGUCGAUAAGGCGGCUUCCAUUUCACCUCCAUUCAAGCGUCCUAUCGGAUGAGUCGUCUCCACAAAGGGGCGUUUCGUCGGAGCCGGAUGAUGAUAAAUUUAGGUCCCGUGAACGAGGACCGGACACCAUGAGAGGCCGGGGGAAGGACGCCUCAGCUCGCUCCGGUCGGGAGAAGGAGGAGAACACCAUGUUGUUGUCAAAAUGGCGGACAAGCAGGAAACCACAGAGCUGAGAUUAACUUAAUACACGCCCCCCCAAAAAAGAUAAAGCGCACAAUGUGCAACAUCUCCUUCUGUAAUGUGGACAGCAAGGUGGAUCAGUACUUUCAGCCCACGCUGUAUAUCAUUGUCAUGGUGCUGGGUCUGCCCACCAACUGCUUGGCCUUGUGGGCCGCCUACUUGCAGGUGCGGCAACACAACGAACUGGGUGUGUACUUGAUCAACCUGUCGGUGGCAGAUCUUCUAUACAUCGGCACGCUGCCCCUGUGGAUCGACUACUUCCUGCAGCAUGACGACUGGAUCCACGGGCAAGAGAGCUGCAAGCUCUUCGGGUUCAUCUUCUACACCAACAUCUACGUCAGCAUCGCCUUCCUAUGCUGCAUCUCGCUGGACCGUUACCUGGCCGUGGCCUACCCGUUGAGAUUCGUCAAAGUACGACGAGUCAAGACAGCCAUCUUGGUGAGCACCAUGGUAUGGCUGAUUGAGAUCAUUGCCAAUUCCGCGCCGCUCUUCCAUGACGAGCUCUUCCAGGGCCGCUUCAACCACACGUUCUGCUUCGAGAAGUUCCCCAUGCAGGACUGGGUGGCGGGCAUGAACCUGUACCGGGUCUUCCUGGGUUUCCUAGCGCCAUGGAGUGCCAUGUUAGUGGCCUACCGCGGCAUCCUGGUUGCCGUGCGCUGCAAUGUCUCCACCGAGCGACAGGAGAAGGCCAAGAUCCAGCGUUUGGCACUGAGUUUGAUUCUGAUUGUGUUACUCUGCUUCGGGCCGUACCAUAUCCUCCUCCUGGUGCGGAGCGUGAUGUUUCUCAGAAAACCGUGUGACUGCGGUUCGGAGGAGCGAUUAUUCGCCGCAUACCACGUCUCGCUGGCGCUCACCAGCCUCAACUGCGUCGCUGACCCUAUUUUGUACUGCUUCGUCAACGAGGGCGCCAGGCACGAUGUGGGCCGGGCUCUCUCCACACUGAUAACCUUUACGUGCCGCAGGGGUUCUGCUUCUUCACCGUCGCAGGCUGACGUGCUCAAUGCCGGAUCAGUCACUUUGGAAACGCCACUGGCGGCCAAGAAGCAACCGUGCGUGAACGCUGACGGCUGCCAAACUAGUGGGUACAAGACGGAAGUGGGGGCGCUCAAGGAGGAAUGUCUACAGAUGACCAUACUUACAGGCAGGAAGUGAUUUGAGACUUGAGAGGAAACACGUUUUAUGUCAGGGCUUCAAAUGAAUUUUCUAAGACAGGAUUUGACCGUUAAAGAAGUACACUAUUAACUAAAAAAUUUGAAAAACUAUAAAAUACAGACAAAAACGAAGUAGAGCUGUAGAAAUGUAAAGUUUACUGUCGUUUUUUAACUGAAUAUUACGGAAUCAUUUGUUUUAAUUUUUUUUACACUUCGAUCCAUACGAAACUGGGAUUCAAGCCCACACCGUCAUUUGGCAGUCGAGCGUGUUGACUACCGAGCUACUGAAGUCAGUUUGGAGCAAGUGCUAUGUGUGUAGAAUUUUGAAGAACAUAAUUACCUGAGAUGUUAAAAGAAAAUACUAGCAGCCAAAGCUGGACUGGGAUAUUAGCUCAGUAGACAGCAUGAUCGACUACCACAGUGACAAACCCCAGUUAGAGAGGCAGUACUGUGAAAAAAUCAGACUGCUCUUUUGUUAUAAAAUAACAGUUAAAUUAUUAUUGUUUUUUUUUCACCAGUAUUUUACUGUAAAUUUACAGGGUUUUUCUUUUUUUUUUUUUUUUUUUGUAACAAUAUAGGGUGAGAGUUUCACAUUAGGACUGGGAUCUCAAUCAAGGGUGAGGGUUUCAAAUGAUCGUUUCAUGGCAAGAGCUGAGGAUUUAAAAGGCAGUUUCAGAUGUUGGUUCGUUUUUGACAACAUUUCAAGUCAGAUUUUUAAUGCUUCAAAAUAGGGUUCCAGAUUGGGUUUAAUUGGUUGAUUAAGAUUUCAAAUUGGGAUCACGAUUACGAGAAAGAUUGGAAUUUCAAACAAGGUUUCAUUUUGGGGUUAGGUUUUCAAAUUAGGGUUAUGGUUUCAAAUCAAGGUUUUGGGUUCCAAGCCAGGCUUUCCUACAAUGUUUUUGUUUGUGUUUCAGAAACUGUGAAGGGUACCGAGAUACAGUGAGAUUUAGCACCAGUGGUAGCGUACUGAAGGGUGCUGACCUAUUUAAACUUUAAAAAAAAAAAAAAAACAAUGUGGACCAGACAUCUUGGUGAAAACAUGUUUGAGGACCCAUCACUUCCUGUUGUAGAGGAAGGGAAAUUGUGAUUAAUCAACAUUUCACCGCCAAGAAUCAGGAAGCAUCACAGGCGUCUUCUGUGCCAAGAUUCCAUUGGGAUUCAUUCAGGCAUUAACUUUCGUUUUCCUGCCAUGUAAUCCACGCAUGGCGACUGUUGUUGAUGUUCUGUCUGGUUUUUAGAUAUUGAAAGUCAAGUUUGUAAGUUAUUGUUUUGUUUAUGAACAGAAUAAACGAUAUUAUCACCUCGCCGGCUCAUCCUCAAACCUGUAGGGAUUGGUGAGGUAAGAAAUCCAUGAUCAUAUUUGUCUAUUACUCAUUUGAUAGGGACUGUGUAUUUAUUUUGGGAUAAAUUAUUCAAAUAGGCUAACAUGUGGUUACGGCUACAGAAUAGGUCCAAUUUAUUCCGCCUCCAAGCAUGACCAAUGUGACCCCGAAUCCAUUUGCGGAUGAAAAGCGGAAAAACAUCACUGCAAACUGCUCGUGCUCAGAGCAGUGAUUCACAACCAAUUGGAGAUGUGACAAAAUGCAGGGAAAGUGGUACUUUUGAUGAAAUUAACCUCAAUUCACUUGAUCAAGGUUUGAUGGACGUGUACCUUUUUUAAGUGUCCUAGGGUCCAAAGACAUGCCCCACAUUCAGUGAACAAAGCGGACUGGGAUUUUUUCCCCGAUGUUCUGACCCUAAGUGGAUUUUAUGGGGGGGAAGCAGGCCCCCCUGGUGUCCAAAAAAUGUGUUUUCGCAUGUAAUUGACUUUCCUAUAUUUAUAUAAAAGUUGAAAAGCAGUGAAAAACUGCAACAAAAAUGAAUGAAACGAACAAAAAAAU